ACCAGUUUUGGGUUCGGUGAACGCUGCUAUUACUAUACUCAUAAGUAGUUUCGGUAUGCAUUUUUUAGACCCUUAAUUAGCUUUGCUGUUUUUAAAGUUUAAUAUCAUCAUCUUUAAGUUCAGUACCCACCGUUAUUCGUAGCAUGUCUCAAGCCAUGCCUCUUGGAAUCACAUUACAUACAGAGUUAACCCUUCGGAUGGCAUUGCUUAGUAACCAAGUGAAAGUAUCUUUCUUUUCCAUCUGACAUCUAGAAGACUGUGGCAGAUGAAUAUUCGCAUUUGUUUCAGCUACCAGCAAACUGACAGCACGCAAUGCAGCAUGAAAAGUGGUGCAGCAUUAGAUGUAAUGUGCCAUCCUGCUAGAAGCAUGAGGCACUAGGUCUGAUAUCUGGCUCCUCGAGUCCAUAACAACAUAACAUUCAACAUGGGCAUGUGUUGUAGUCGCCCUGACACCACAGGACCAACAGUUUACCAUCCAGGAUACAAGAUACCAGAUGGAUCAGAUAACGGGACGCAAGGAAGUAAUGGUGAUCCUAGAUAUACACCUGACCCAAACAGGCCAGGUGGACAAGUCAAAAGGCCAGGAGCUGACAUCAUUCGCACACCAACUGCACCAUUAGCUAUUCCAAGAGCAAGGACUAGGAGCAGUUCUGAGUCAAGGUCACCUUCUUUCAGAGAUAAGGAGCACACAAAAGACCAUCCAGGUGCAUCAAGACGUAUUGUGGUUGCUGUCUAUGAUUAUCAGGCAAGAGAAGUAGCAGAUGUUUCAUUCAUGAAGGGGGAUCACAUGGAAGUUCUUGAUGACAGUGAGCCAGAUUGGUGGAAAGUCAGAAAUCUAAGGACUGGACAUGAAGGUUUAAUUCCAUGGAACUUUGUCGCCGAAGAGAAGUCAAUUGAAAGUGAAGAUUGGUUCUUUGGCAAAAUAUUGAGGAAGGAAGCAGAGAAACUUCUGAUGGAUGAUGAAAAUAUUCGUGGAACAUUCCUUGUGCGCUACAGUGAACAUAAUCCUAAUGGAUUUUCAUUAAGUGUUAAAGAUUGGGAAGAAACCAGGGGUUAUCAUGUCAAACAUUAUAAAAUAAAACCACUGGACAAUGGCGGCUUUUAUAUAGCCACAAACCAGACAUUUCCAACUCUUCAGUCUCUGGUUAUGGCGUAUUCAAAAAAUGCCCUUGGUCUUUGUCAUGUGUUAGCAAAACCAUGUCCUAAACCAAGACCUCAAAUAUGGGAUUUAUCUCCAGACUUAAGGGACCAGUGGGAAAUUGAUCGAUCAGAAAUCCAGCUUAUUAAAAAGCUUGGACGUGGUAACUUUGGAGAAGUGUGGUAUGGUAAGUGGCGUAAUGCAAUUGAAGUUGCUGUGAAAACGUUGCGCCCGGGAACAAUGUCAACAGGUGCUUUUCUGCAAGAAGCUGCUAUAAUGAAGAAAUUUAGGCAUGAUCGUCUUGUGGCUUUAUAUGCAGUAUGUUCUCGUGAAGAACCUGUGUAUAUUGUACAGGAGUAUAUGUGCAAUGGAAGCCUCUUAGAUUUUCUUCGUAAUGGCCCAGGUAGAAAACUUCCAUUUGGUGAUCUUAUCUACAUAGCUGCACAGGUGGCAAGUGGAAUGAAGUACCUGGAAGCAAAACAGCUUAUUCAUAGAGAUCUUGCUGCAAGAAAUGUUUUGAUAGGAGAAAACAACAUAGCCAAAAUAUGUGAUUUUGGAUUAGCACGUGUGAUAGAAGAUGAUGAAUAUUGCCCUAAACAAGGCUCUAGAUUUCCUGUUAAGUGGACUGCACCAGAAGCUAUAAUCUAUGGAAAGUUCUCUAUUAAAUCUGAUGUAUGGUCAUAUGGGAUUCUUCUGAUGGAACUUUUCACAUACGGCCAGGUGCCUUAUCCAGGGAUGCAUGGUCGGGAAGUGAUCGAACAUGUGGAAAGAGGUUAUAGAAUGCCCAAUCCCGAUAAUUAUCCCAUCCCUGAAGCUAUCUACAGACUAAUGAGACAGUGUUGGGAUGCUGAUCCAGAGAAAAGGCCAACAUUUGAAUUUUUAAAUCACUAUUUUGAAGACUUUACUGUGACUUCAGAGAUACCUUAUAGGGAAGUGGUAGACUAAUAAGUUUGGUGCAAGUUGCAGAAAUUACAUUCACACGAACACUCUGUGUGUGUGUGUGUGUGUGUGUGUGUGUGUGUGUGUGUGUGUGUGUGUUUUGUGAUGAAUGAAAAGUAAUCUGAUUAGUGUGUGUCAUAAUAAUAGUGGAUAAAGAGUAUUGUGCUCAAUGUUUUAUUUGCAAAGUUAUUCUUCUUCAGCUCCUGAAGGAAAUUAGUGUGUUACUAAAGUAGAUGUUACUUGGAUUACAAAGGUUGGACAGUAAUUUGUAAUAAUAUAUUUUAUUCAGAUAACAUACAGUCUACUUUUGUAUACACGGGCCAAUAAUGUUAGGCCAAAUUAAUUGAAAUGAGGGGAAAAAGCAAUGUAUAUACAAGGCUCUUCCAAAGACUUGAUUGAUUUUGAUAAAUACACGUAAAUUAAGCUCUAUAAAUGGCACAAUCUGUGUGUUUCUCAAAGCUCUCUAUAAAUUUUCUAUAAAAUUUUUAAAUAAAUAUGUGGUAUGUGUCACAACCAACAUUCUUUAAGAGGAAUUCUUGCAGAUUUAAAAGACAGCAGUUUUAUUAUUAUAGCUCUAAAAUGCUUAUGAGAGCAUAAUUGAAGAUUAAAUUGUUGGCAAGUAAAAUUUAAUAUCGUGCUCCUAUUGUAUUCACUUUGCAUUUACUACUUGUGUGCUUAGUCAAUUUAGUACUGUGCUGCAUGUAUGUGAUAUUAGUUUUUGUUGUUUGUACAUUGAUGUUUGUGAAAUAUGCUCACAUUAAUAUAUUUAUUAAUUGAUGUGCAAAGUGACUGUGUUAGGGAAAGAGACUCUGUAUGGAAAUAAAGUUUUGUUCUCUUUUUACAUUGAAAUUCAUGAAUUGUAGUAAGAAAGAACCUCAGGUUAAUCACGUAAUUGUUUUAAAAGUCAUGAGCACAGAUUUGAUUGUUCAUUAACCAGAAAACUGCUCAGAAGGAAUUGGCUGGUAGUAUUUUUGCACUUUUCAUAAAACUGUGCAAAUUUGUGUGUAUCAAGCACAUACAGCCACCCGCUCCCCGUUCUUCCAAGUCUUUUGUGAGAACCAUAGUAAGAUUGGGUUAAUACUUAUCGAUAUUUUGCCUUUCUUUUUGUACCUUUCUUAAUGUGUUGUCUUUGUUCACACUUUUUGAGUCAAUAAUAAUAUCUGGUUAGUGUCUGUCGAGGCAUUGUUUCACUUUCUAUAUAUGAUUUUGAAGAUUUUGCAAAUUAAAACUACAAAAUUAUAAAUUUUUAUGAUACAUAUACUCACUAGCAGGCAACACCUUAAUGAUGUCACAGAGUGCAUUAAUAAGGCCACAGGAUGCGAGCAUGUUGCAUAUAUUAAUACGGCAAUAACUGUUGUAUUUUAUCCAUCCUCAGCAAAUGUAGUUGUAGAUAACGAAAUAAUAAGUAACCAGUCACAUAAAAGAAAUUUAAUUUCUUUACUGGUUUCAAGCAAUUAGUGCCCUUCUUCAGAACGUUAUACCUAUCCUAUUAUUUGCAAGUGUCAUCAAUAAGAUGUAUACAGCAAAAUGCCAUGGUCAUGUGGUUCAUAGUGUCUGUACAAAAUUAAGAUAAAGAAGCGAAACAACAAGUGCAGACAUCGAGCCAGAACAGGAGCUAAUCAGCUAAUAUUACUAGGUGAGUAACUCCUGUUGUGGCUCGAUGUCUGUACUUGUUGUUUCUCUUCUUUAUCUUAAUUUUGUACAGACACUAUGAACCACACGCAGUAUGCAUUUUAUUGUUGACACUCGCAAAUAAUGGGGUAGGUAUAAUCUUCAGAAGAAGAGCACUAAGUGCCAGAAUAUGGUAAAGAAAUGAAAUUUCUUUUAUGCAACUGGUUGCGUAUUAUUUCGUUAUCUAGCGAUAACUGAUUGUUCAGUUUUGCAGUGUAAUCAAUUGCAGUGAGUGUACUGAUUUUGUUCACUGUUAUUCUAUUCUAUUAAUAAAUUAUGUUUUUGGAGAUUUUUCA